CAAAUUAUUGGCCAUCAUCAGCGAUUCGACUUGUCAACCGCAACCGCAUUACUUCAUUCAUUUCGUUCUUAUUAGAAAUCUUUCCGGUGUUAUCGCUGCAGUAAAUCAUUACUGACGAAGAAAUUAAAGCGUUAAGGUGUACGCUUUGCUAGUAUACUUGUGAUCCAAUUAUUUUAUAAUCGAAUUUGAAAAUGCCAACUAAAGCUGUGUGUGUUCUCAAGGGCGACGUUAGCGGAACGAUUUACUUUGCCCAACAGGAAGACAAGGGGCCUGUAGUGCUGACCGGUGAAGUUCAAGGUCUUGCAAAGGGCAAGCAUGGCUUCCACAUUCACGAAUUUGGUGACAACACAAAUGGAUGCACAUCAGCGGGCGCGCACUUCAACCCCUGCAAGGUGGAGCAUGGUGGUCCAGAUGCCACCAUCCGCCACGUCGGAGAUCUCGGCAACAUUGAGUCUUCUGGUGGCGGCGCCACAAAGGUGUGUAUCCAAGACAGUUUGAUCUCCCUGAAUGGACCCAACAGCAUAAUUGGCCGUACCUUGGUCGUGCACGCCGACCCUGAUGACUUCGGCCUUGGUGGUCACGAGCUGAGCAAGUCAACAGGCAACGCUGGCGCCCGCAUUGCUUGUGGUGUCAUUGGAAUCGCCCAGGUCUAGAAAGUCCUACUCUUCAGCCUCUCCCUUCAUUGUUACUUUAGUAUUAGCAAUGCAACUGCUUGUAGCAACUUUCUGAUAAAGGGUUAGAGGCUGGUUCUAUGAGCAACAUAGUUUUGGGCACAUAUCACCACCAUACAGUCAGUUUAUCACUACUAUAGACACAGAUACAGUACAAGCUGGAUACUGGAGAAUCAGCCUCUAACCUGGACUGAUGUUUGUGCCUCUUCUAAGUGUAAUAUUUUGGGUAUCUAAUACUAGUGUAAUCAAUGUCAGGGUUUGAAUUCCAAAUGGAAACUGCAAUAUAGGUUGCCAACCUAGUUAGCAUGUAAGACUAUUAGAUGUUGUAUUUUAUUUAAUAGCAUUCCUGGCAUAUCUCAGUGAACAAAUGAUUGGAAUCUUUUGAUGUUUAUUUUUUAUUAUUGGUGCAGGGCACAUGUAAUGUCUUAUGUACUGGUUUGUUUCAAUAAAACUACCUAAAUUGAUGUGA